AUGUGCCAACAGCGCACUUCUAAGUAUAUUGUCGGCCCGGCAGGGCUGGCUCUCCACUCUUUGGUCUGCCUCAUCGCCACUUCAACUCAUCUCCAAAACCAGAGCGACGUUGUUGUCUACGUGCAGUUCAAAUUCAAAACAUCAAGCAACGCCCUCGUCAACGAACUUAACAGCCACGUACCUGUCCAGGCCGUGACCAAUAACCCCCGCGCCUUCGACCCCUGGAAUCGCUUGCAACGUCGAGAAGGCCCACGGAAAUAUACGAUAUCCGCCCCUAAUCGAUGCGCCCGCGACAUGCCUUCACCGACAGACGACGAGAUACCAUUCCCGACGCUGAGCAGCCACCACCGCUCCCACCUCUCCCCUAACGAUGCCUGCAUCUCACCCCCGCGUCGGUAUGACGGCGCUGGCGGCGACGGCGCGUCCGACUCUGCGAUGCGUCUGCGGCGGCUCAAUGGCGAACGCAGCGGGAGCCGACGGCGGAAGCGAACCUGGAAGAAGCUCAUGUGGGUGAAGCAGUCAUACCCCGACAACUACACCGACCAGGCCACGUUUCUUGAAAACCUGCAGCGCAACCCGCGGCUGAAGCCCUACGACUUUUGGCCGCUCGUCGCCGACUCGACCGUCAUCCUGCAGCACGUCUGCUCCGUCAUCAUCUUCAUUGUCAGCUUCGUGGCCAUCUUCCACUCGCGCGUCUCGCCCGUCUCCGUGGCCAGCUGGAGCUCCGUUGGCACCUUUGCCGGCUGGAUCCUAUGGGAGCGCUGGGUCGCCGAAGAGGAGGACCUCGAGGAGGAGCAGCUGAUGAACCCGUCGUCGACCGCCGCCGGUGCCGUCGCUGCUGCCUCUGCGUCCACCACCGCGGCGGCCGUGACAAGGCCGGCGGUGCCGCCUACACGUCGCAGGACGCGCGCUGGCAGCUUGCGUAGGCCCGUGCUGCCCAUCCCGCCCCCGUCUACAGCAGGCUCGUCAGCCGCGAGCUCCACGACGAAUCUCGAGCUCGGCGCUGCGACGGGCCGAAAUUCGGCCGGCAACACCACCGGCAACGAUCAGGUCGGAGCGCCGAAGCGCCCGUCGCUCCCGCCGCGUGUCUCUGGGCCCGUUCCCGAGCUGCGCAUCGAGUAUCCCGCCGACCCGCCGGAAGAGGAGAGCCGCGUCAUGCAGCGUCUGAGCACCAUCAAGUCGGCCAUGCUCAUCUACUCGACGCUGCUGGGCCUCAGCCCGAUCCUCAAAUCACUGACCAAGUCGACGUCGAGCGACAGCAUCUGGGCCAUCUCAUUUUGGCUGCUCGCCAUCAACAUCUUCUUCUUUGACUACUCUGGCGGCGUCGGCGUCAAGUUUCCGGCCUCGCUGUCCACCAACGCCGCGCUCAUGGCCUCGACGGUGCUUGCCAGCCGCCUGCCUGACACCACGCAGGUGUUUUCGCUGACGCUCUUCAGCAUACAAGUGUUUGGGCUGUUUCCCGUCUUUCGCAGGCACGUGCGCCACCGCUCCUGGAAGUAUCACGUCCUGCUGAGCCUGCUGCUCGUGCUCGGCGCGGGCCUGGGCGUCGGCAUGGUCCUGGGCGACGUCGACGGCAGCGGCGCCUGGCCGUGGAAGAGGGGCGUUGUCGGCAUGGUCGUGAGCCUGCUGAUGGCGGCGCUGGCGGCUGGAGGGUGCAGCUGGUGGCUGAUUGGGCUGCAAAAGUACAAGAAUGAGAUUCGAGGCCCGUGGGAUCCGGCCAGGCCCAUCAUCAUGAGCAGGCCUCGAUGGGACUGA